AUGAGUAACAUGAGACAAAUGGGACUAGGAAUAAGGAGUCUGCAUGAGAAAAUACAGGAGAGAGACACUGAAGGUUCCCUUGUGGAGAAAAGUUGCCUGAUCUACAUGCUCAUAGCCUACAUGUGUGAGCUUAAAGAGGUGGUGAACAGUGCCUAUGCAGGGACUUGUGGGCUCCUCAAGGAGGACAACCUCCAUGUGCAGAAUGAGAACCAGACUUUUCUGGCCCUGAUCUCAUAAGUGAAAUUCAGGAAAGACGAAAGAACAGAAAUGAUUUUGAGUGACAGGAAGCAGGAACGUGCUUGAAGACUUCUUCUUUUCCAGAGAAAGGGGCCAUUAACUAAAGAGUAUGUAAGAUUUGAUGAUGAGGGUUUUGCUUAUACUUUUGAGCUUACAUGUUUUGCUUACAUGUGGCUGAAAUUGACAGAGAUGCCAUGUAGUGCAGCUGCUCCUAGUGCAACAUUAGCAGUUAGUGUCACUGGAGGAGUAACAGACCAGAUCACUACCUCAAAUACAGCUCAGAGACAUGACGUAGAAAACAAUUCCUGCAUAGAGGUACUGCCUAUAGGUUUGGUAUUCCACAUCAUGGUGACCUGUGGAGGAGUAGUGUACACCCCUGGAGAUUUUGCUGAUGUGAGGAAAUAUGUCUCUAACACUUGCAAGUACUGUGAUGGGAGGUAGGAUAACUGGACUCUGACUGGGAAAAUAAGCAUUCCCAUGGAUGCUACUGCCUUGAUCACCAAAGGAAAAAAGUCAUUAGUUUAUCUUGUGACAAGGCAACUGAAUGGGUGCUUCCUAUAUGUUCAGAUGGUAGAUUACUUUGACACUCAGACAGGCAACGUGGUGCAAUGCCUCACCUUCCAUAUUCAAUUCAACCAUAAACCUGUUGUUGUCUUUUCCACAGGAAAACAUCCUGAGCUUGCAGAAAAAGUAGAAUAUUCUCUCAGUUCAAAUACCUUCUGACUACACCAGAAAGGAGGGAAAUGGAAAAUUCUGGCAGAUCCUUCAGAAGUUCUUGACUAUUCAGUUUCCCAUACAGUCAAACUACCCUUCAAAGUUCUUCUAAAAAUUGCAAUUAAUUUGGAAAGUGAAGAAUUCAAAAGGUUUUUCUGUGAACUUGAACUUUUUCUUGAAGAUAUGAAGAACAAUUACUCUCUUCCAGUCUCAAGGAACUCUCCCAAUUGCCAUGACCCUUCAAAGAUGAUUGAGUGGCCUCAAAAUGACUACAUGCUGGGGACUGAGAAGCUGGAGAGUAGCUCUGCAAAGAAGGACCUUGGGGUCCUUGGGAGCAAGAAGCUGACCAUCCACCAGCAAUAUGCCCUCACAAUGAAGAAGGCCAACAGCAUCCUGGGCUGCAUUAGGAAGACCAUAGCCAGCAUGUCAAGGAAAGUGAUCCUUCCUCUGUACUCAGCACAUCUGGAGUGCUGA